GAGCACUUUCACUUAAUUGUUAUUAUAAAUAAAAAUUAACCUAAUUCUUUGUACAUCAUCAUACUCAUUUGACACAUCCAGAACCAGGAAUAAUAUUUUCGAGGGGUUUUAUACAAUACUGUAAGCGUUUUUGAGAAAGUGAUGUGAUUCCAGCUCUGUGCUCGCUCGCUCGCUCAUAGACAACCUAAUUGAACAUCAGAUCAACCCUUUACUGGCUCAAUCAUGUCUCGCCUAAGCUCAAUACUUAGACUUGGAAAGUAUGAAAACGACUUAUUUGGGCUUCAUAAUUUCAAAAUUUUAAGACUUUGCAAGCAAACUACAGUCCUAAACUCUACACAAGCUGAUCCAUCCCACCAAGAAAAAGUUCAAGAAGGCGAAAAUGCAGUUGAAAAACAAAGAAGUACACUUAAUCCAAAUAUGAGGUUCAUGUAUCCAGAAUUUCUACCAGAUCCAACAAUGGAGAGAAGGAAUCCAAUCAAGGAAAAGUUGGAAAGGAUGGACAUGUUGAGAAGAAGAGCACAAAUUGAUAUUCCUGUUUUUUAUGUUGGUUCUAUCGUUGCUGUGACCAGAUCUAAUGAGCAUGCUCCAGACAAGUUCUCAAGAUUUCUCGGAAUCUGCAUUGAGAGAGCUAAUAGCGGCUUGCAGGCUGAAUUCACUUUGAGAAAUGUCAUAGAAGGCUUAGGUUACGAAAUGAAGUUUUUCCUGUAUGAUCCAACCAUAGUGAAAUAUGAAGUGCUGCGUUUGGAGAAACGGCUCGACGAUCACUUGUUGUACCUGCGCGAUGCUCUACCUGAGUAUUGCACCUUCCCUCUGGACAUGGAGCCAGAGUUCCUACCUGAUGGGGCGGAAGUACCUGUGAAUCCGGUGAAGGUGAAGUUGAAGCCGAGGCCGUGGUGUGCCCGCUGGGAGAGGUCCGAGUGCAAGGGCCUGGACAUGGAGGUCGUGGACUCGUAUAUCACGGAAAAGAUGAAAGCCCAGAGAGCUAAGCUUGUUACUCCAUGGGAGAAGUAUGACCUGAUGAAACAAUAUAGGAAAACUAUUCCUGAGGAAGAACAGAAUGAGAUAUACGCAGAGGUUUCUUCCGAACUUCACAAACAGGAGCUGACCAAAAAGAAGAUGAAGAAAAAGAGGGAAUUUAUCAAACCGAGAAAAGUUGGUUAAAGCCAUCUAUACGUUUUAAGUUGAUUAGUAAAUGUAUAUUAUGAAUAAAA